AUGACAGCUUCCCACCAAGCGAUAUACGACCGCAUGGUCGAUAUCCUCGGCGAAGGCGACACCCAGUCGUUCUUGUCUCCCCUCUCCGUCGAUGCUCGAGUGCGACUGUUUGAAGGCAUCGGCAUCACCCUCAACGCAACGACACAACCCCUCGAAGCUCGCAUCAGCCAGCUGACCGAGGAAGGUCGAGCCCUCGAAGAAUCGCUCCACCAGAGCGAGGGCCAAGCCGCAACAAUGCGCGAACAUAGUGUCGCCCUGCAAGCCGAGGUCGCACAACUUCGCGACCGAAGUCGACACUGGAACCCUCUGUGUCCCAGCUGCGCUUGUCUCUUCAGGAUGUACAUCAAGCUCCUCAGGUGGAUCCUGCAAGUCGAGACCUCGGCCGAUGUGCUGUGCAUCACCCGCGAGUCUACACGUGUAACGUUCGCCCUUUCCCAUCUCAACGGUCAGGCGGAAGAGUGGGCGUACCCCAUCCGCCUGACCAACUCCAUGUCAUUUGCAACGUUUGACGAGCUCGUUGCGGCGACGAAGCUCCGCUUCCUCCCCCAGCACAGCAAUUUCCAAUAA